GAAGAUUCAGAAGACAACGACGAAGCAAAUGCCCUGGACGAAGAGGACCCCAUGCGAGCAUACAUGCUGAACAAAGCCGCGAAAAAGAAAGCAAAAGCAGCCAAGAAGGCCGCUAAGAAGGAAAAGAAAGAGAAAAAGGAGAAGAAGCGAGGGACGGCGGCGGUUGGAGAUGAUGGACACGAUGACCGGGCGGGGAGGGGCAGGGAUGCGGAGCGGGGGAGGACGUCUGUGGAUGGCGAUGGAAAGCGCUCGUUCGACAAACAUGGCGAUCGCGAGACAUUACCAAGGGAGGCACGGGACGAUACUGGCAGAAGGGAAUCACGGAGAAGCAGAUCACGCUCACCACCGCCCCGCUCUCACGCUCGGCGCUUACCACCACCAUCUCGACGAAGGUCACGCUCCCCACCACCCGGCACUCGCUCAAACCGCUCCCCGUCACGUUCACGAUCCCCACCCGCCCGCAGAUCCCGCAAUCGGUCACGAUCAUUCUCACCAAGUCCCGACCGGAACGACACACGCAGACGACGCUCGCCCUCGCGUUCCAGGUCUCGGUCGCGGUCACCACCGCCGACCAGGAGAUUCAGGGGCCGGUCAUGGUCACGGUCGCCCUAUGAUAGGAGGAGAUGACGGGCUAGGGGAUGGCAGUAGGGAAGAAAGUCAUGUUCCGAGUCACGGCGUGUUCGUAGGGAGGCAGGUACUUUGAUAGGGUGGCGUGUUUCCUACGCGCGUAUUGUGCUGUAUGGAAACCGACCAAGGAAGGCCCCUUCGUAGGUUGUACUGUAUAUAAUG